CUUUCUAAGUUCCUUAUUGGGUCUUCCGAAAAGCCAUUGUCGCGGUGAUUGCUGGGAUCGCUCUUUCCUGCUAGGGCGCUGAGACGAGAAACAUGGGCAAGUGUCGUGGUCUUCGUACAGCCAGAAAGCUGCGCAAUCACCGCCGUGAGCAGAAAUGGCACGAUAAGCAGUACAAAAAGGCUCACCUGGGCACUGCCCUGAAGGCCAACCCCUUUGGUGGGGCUUCCCACGCUAAAGGCAUCGUCCUGGAGAAAGUGGGUGUUGAGGCUAAGCAGCCCAACUCGGCCAUCAGGAAGUGUGUCAGAGUCCAGCUGAUCAAGAACGGCAAGAAGAUCACUGCCUUCGUGCCCAAUGACGGCUGUCUUAACUUCAUUGAGGAAAACGAUGAAGUUCUGGUGGCAGGGUUCGGUCGUAAGGGCCAUGCCGUUGGUGAUAUCCCCGGUGUGCGUUUCAAGGUUGUCAAAGUCGCCAAUGUCUCCCUCCUGGCCCUCUACAAAGGCAAGAAGGAGAGACCCAGAUCAUAAACUGUCUGGACCUGGAUGUCAAUAAAACUUUUACAGCUCAUGGG